GCAUCCGCUCAGUUUAAAAACCUUGUCCACAGACUGCGGGAAUCACUCUGAGGUCAAACACAGCACGGAGCGUACUGUCUGUCCGAGGUCUGUACUGCUGUCGGUUCUGCUCUCCUCGACUCCCGUGGUUGCGGCUUAUUUUCCACCGUGACGGGGAAAAACGGUGACAUUUUUACGGCUGUUUGCAGCAGCGUGGAGCCGCAGGUAUCGCCGGACUGGACUCACACCUGAGGCACGUGAGGAGAAGUUUGACCUGCCUGGAGCAGUGGAUGCAGCUCUGCUCUGUUUAGAAGGAAGGUCGACAACAAGGUGGAAACAUCUGCUCCCCCAGAGCUGAAGCCCAACCAUGUCUCUCGGCAGCUUCCACCUGGUCCAGACCAUCAAAAACUCUCCUGCGGCUUUUCGUCGCCGCUUUCGCCGCGACCGCACCGAAUCUCUUUCCCACGGAGACCCUCUCUUCAAGGUCCACUACCUGGGCACCGAGAAAAUCUUCUCUCUCGACCGAGAGCAGGCCCAGGACGCCAUCAAACACAUGCUGGACGGUAUCGCCAACGGCAAGAAGCUGAGCAAGGACCACGCUCUGGUGGUGCGACCGCGCUACGUGGAGGUCAAAGAGCUGAGCACCGGGCGGCAGCUCACCAAGACGUACCUGCAGGACAUCGCCUACUGCACCGCCGACGCCAACAGGCCCAACAUCUUCCUGUACAUCUGCAAGCACCACGGGAAGCAGCUGCACUGUCGGGUGUUCUGGUGCAGCCGAGCAGAGCGGGCCAAGGACAUGACUGCCUGCUUGGCUGAUUCCUUCCAGCGAGCGCUGAGCGACUGGCAACAGGACGGAUCGACGACGCUGCCAGCCAGCGAGACGAAAGCGAAACGAGCGGAGGAGUCGCUGAACUCUCCAAACAGUACAAAGAACUCCACCCUGCCAACCAGUCUGGGAAAAGUCCGCUGGAAGAAGAGAGGGUCCGUGUCCCACAGCCCCGUGAGGGCCAUCACCAGACGAGGGUCGGCGUCAGAUGGCUGGAACUGAACAUCUCUGAACCAUUUUAAACCCUGCAAAGCAUCAAUCUCACAACAACCUCAAGGGUGACUGUACUGACAGGAGGGAGGAGGGAGGAGGGAUUAUGACAAGACGGAAAACGGAGGGGUCGGCACCAGGAGGUGGGGAAGUCCCUGUUUGGACCUGUACUGUGUGAGUCUGGUGAGAGGAUGUUGGUAGAACCAGUGAGUGUGAGGACUUGAAAGGCUGCGACUCGGCAGCUAGUCCGUUGUCCGUUGUCGACUGCUUCCAAACGUUCAAG